AUGCCUCCUUCAAACACAGUCUCGCCACUCGGCGUGCUGGACGUGACGCCAUCGGUGGCUGCGAUGCACCAGCACGUGUCAGCGAGCAAGGAUCCGCAAUACAAGCCAGUGAUGCCUCCGGUCGUGUGUGGCCUCUCGAGCUCAUCGUGGCUGCGGACGAUGUGCAUCCGAGCAUUCUUCUCGGAGCCGUUCCAUGUCGUCAUGUACAUGCUCAUUGUUAGCAACGCGAUCUUGCUCGGAUUUGAAGAGCCCGAGCGAACGAAGAGCCUUGUCUUGGACCCGACGGAGCUAGAAACUCCCGAAGAGCUUCGGACGCGCGAGAUUGUGAAUUGGCUCGAAAUGGCGUUCAACGUUGUGUUCACGUUCGAAAUGGCGGUGAAAAUGCUCGCGGGGGGCCUCUGGCAUGGCCGCUUUGGUUACUUCCGCCACAAGUGGAAUUACCUUGACUGUGGCCUCGUGCUGCUUGGCUGGGUCUCUGCCGUGCUAUGGCUCACGCUUCCCGUCGAUACGGCGUCGACUCCGUUGCCACCGAUGCCAACGCCACCUCCGUACCCGUCGACUGCACCUCCGUCGCCGUUUGGCCCGGACGUUCUCCCGCCAGACACGUUCGCCCCCGACACUUUCCCACCAGACGAGAGCCCGUCCCCAACGCUUGCUCUCAACUUCCCAACGUUCGCACCCAGCAGUGACGACGCUCCAGCCACCCAACCGACCGCCGAUGAUCCAGCUGACACCAUGUCCUCGACAAUGUCGCCGGCGACAUCCAUCCCAUCGAAUUCAAACAGUUUGGUCUCGUCGGGAAAUGCCAGCAGCCGUCGUCGCCUCUCUGACGUCGUUGGCAUCCAUGCCGGCGCCACAGACGGAGGUCAUGACCCGUCGCUUGUCGAGACUCCCGAAUCAACUCCUGACGACCCGAAUGCCCUCCCAUUGCCGGUCGUAUUCCCGACUGAUGAGCCUGGACUCCCCGAUACCCCCACGUUCCCGGAAUCUCCCGCCGAGCCGACAGGCGUUCCCGAUGUUGCCACGCUCAGCCCCGACACGGACACGGCGCCGUCCUACUUGACGACGGACUUUACGGCACCCGCGAUGGCCAAGAACCUCGCGUCCUUGUUUCGUCUUCUCCGUGUGUUCAAAGUGCUUCGUGGGAUUCGGCUGUCCAAGCACGCGCAAGCGUUGGUCUUGAGUCUCUUCGAGUCGAUGCGGCUUCUUGUGAACGUGAUCGAGUUGCUCUUGGUGAUCUUUGUCCUGUUUGCGAUCGCGGGCGUGUCGCUCUUCCAGGGUGCUUUGCACCAGCAGUGCGACAACGAGUACAUGUCGGACGGGUACCUCAACGUAGACUCGAACGGGUACCUCAUCAGCGGCAACGGGUUCCGCUGCUCGAUGGCGCCGAACGUUGGCCGGUCGUGCAUGGCGGACGGCGUAUGUGUCCGGAAUUUGACGGACGACCGCCUCAACAAGAACCCAAACUACGGAUUCACCUCGUUCGACAACGUCGCGGUCGGGCUCCUCAGUGUGAUCGAAAUCGCGUCCUUGUCCGACUGGGGCUCAACCAUGUGGAACCUUGCCGAAGCUCGGGGACUUGUCGUGGGGCUCUAUUUCUUGGUCGUGAUUCCGGUCGGAGGGUACUUUGUCGUGAACUUGGUCAUCGCGGUCGUGCACAACGCGUACACGCAAAAGUGGAAAGACAUUCGCGACGAGUUUGUCUCGGCCAAGCUCGAGCGCAAACAAAAGCACCUCGAAGCACAGAAGCGGACGCGACGUCCGUCCAUCAUCGAUAUGGUCGUGGUCAAGCCGCUACCCGCGACCAAGUUGUCGCAUUUGGAGCUCAAGACGCUCGCGACGCGGUUUAGUUCGAUCGACGGCCGCGUCAAGUACAAGAACUUUGUCGAGUUCUUCUCGCCGUCGAGUGGCGUGUCGAAUACGGUGCAAAACCUGCGAGAGUUUUUGCAAUCGGCCAAGGCGGCGGGGCUCCACUCGAGGUCGAUAUUUCGCUUCAUUGACAAGGACAACAGCGGCGACUUGAGCCGCGACGAACUCGUGUUUGGGUUUCAAGAAAUUGAAGAGCGAGUGGGGAUCAAGCUCGACCGUGCCAUCGUCGAAGCCCUUCAUGACUAUUUGGAUGUAAACAACGAUGGAAAGGUGACGUUGACGGAAUUCAUCGAGUUUGCCGACCCGCCGUCCAAAGCGUCGACGUUGUUGGAGCAAAAGGUGCUGAUUGAAUUGAGCGGCUACGAGCAUGCCGAAGGCCGCGUGGCUGCGAUUUUUCGUGAGUUUGACCCGCAUGACACUGGGACGAUCUCGAUGAGUCAGUUUCGAUCGGCCCUGGCGCGCAUUGGGUUUUCAGGAAGCGGGAUCAAGUACCUGUCGCGAGAUGAUACACUUCGACUGAGCAUGCGGUCGCUCGACUCGUUCCAGUCAACGUCGCCAUGGGCUGUCACGUGGAUCACAUGGCGACGGCGCAUCGCUCGCUGCAUUCGGCACGCGGCGUUUACGGGAAUUGUCAACGCUGCCCUUGUUGUGCAGCUCGUGUGCUUUAAUCUGAAAUCGUUCGACCCAGUCGACAUUGCAGCGCAUGCCGGUCGAGAAGCCCACAUUGCUGUAGCUCAAGACAUCGUGGCGUACGUGUUUGGGCUCGAAAUGGUGUUGAAAGUCACGGCUCUCGGUGGCCGAGGAUACGUUGUCGACAAGUACAAUCGGUUUGACGGCGUUUUGACCAUAGUCGGAUUGGUCGAAGUGAUCGGUCGAGACGGUGCAGUCGUGUUGCCGGAAGGCGUCGUCCACGCGAUGUUUGUGUGCCGCGUGCUGCGACUGCUGCAGCUCUUCCGGCAGUGGACCAACUUUCGCGUGCUCAUGGAGACGAUGGUGACGAGUUUUCGCGGUCUCUUGCAUUUUGUGUUUUUGCUGUUUGUCGUGAUGUACAUCUUCGCCCUUAUCGGAAAGCACUUGUUUGGAAACGAAAUGACCGAAGACCGCGGGUUCCCGACGCCGUUUUACGCGACGUUUGACAACGUAUGGUCGGCGCUCUUGACCGUGUUUCAAGUGUUCUCGGGGGACCAGUGGACCGACGUCCUGUACGCGUGCAUGCGAGUCCACGCGGUCGGCGGCGCCAUCUUUGUCGUCGUCAUGUUUUUCACCGGCAACUACCUCGUGGUCAACAUCUUUUUGUCGAUUUUGCUGCAAGACUUUGAAAGCGACGAAAACGAAUACCAUCGGUCGUACUUUAGCACGAUCGCGGACGCGGACGUGGCCCAUUAUUACGAUGUGGUCGUGCACUGGCUGUCGUCGUGGAUCGAUCGAUUCACUCCGUCGCGCCAUGCGGCUGCUUCUCCACGUCCAUGGCGCAACAACAUUCAUGCGGCGUUGGAAGACGCGAAAGACGCACAUCGCCGUCGAGACGAAGCAGCAGCAAGUGCCCGCGAGGCCAAGAGUCAAAAGUUCAUGGUCGGGCACUCGUUUUGCCUGUUUGGUCCGACUUCGUGGGUGCGCGGGAUGGCCAACCGCAUCGUCAUGCACCCGUUCUUCAAAUACAUAGUCCUGGCGGUCGUCCUCGCAUCCUGUGUGAUGUCCGCCCUCGAGAUAUCGGACACUGCCGACGCUACGUUUUACCUAUGGGCGGACGUUGUGAUCUCAAGCUUGUUCUUCGUCGAGAUGGCCAUGAAGAUCGUUGCGCAGGGCUUUCUCUUCACGGGGCGAUACGCGUACAUGCGCAACGGGUGGAAUGUGUUGGAUUUUGUGGUUGCCAUCACGUCCAUGCUGGCGAUCGUGUGCACAUUUGUCCGCGAUCCGAUGGUCAAGGUGUUUCGGCUCUUUCGCGCGCUGCGGCCGCUCCGUGCCAUCCACUUGAACCCAGGGAUGAAGGUCGUGGUGAAGGCCAUUUUGAUCACCGUGCCGUGCGUGCUCAACCUGGUCGUGAUUCUCACGAUGUUUUUGUUCAUGUUUGCGGUCGUGACGGUGCAUCUGUUGGCGGGCAAGUUGUGGUAUUGCCAAGGCAACUCGGUCGACAUGUACACGUUGAACGCGACGACGUGCGAGUCAGACACCGUGACGACUCGGCUGUGGACGCCGCUGUCGACGAGCUUUGACUCGAUUCCGAACGCGACGUUGCAACUCAUGGAAAUCUCAACUGUCCAAGGCUGGUCGGGUAUCAUGCACAUGGCGAUGGACGCCCCAUCCGUGGGCUACGCCGACAUGCACCCCGUCCGCAACAACACACCAGCGAUGGCUGUUGUGUUUGUGGCAUUUGUCGUGAUCUGCGGCUUCUUCAUGAUGGGUCUCUUCCUCGGUGUGAUCGUGUACAAGUUCCAGCAGCUCAAAGCCGAGCAAAACGGCACGCUGUUCAUCACGGAAGACCAGCAGAAAUGGGUGGCCACCCAACGCCGUCUCUUUGCACUAAAGCCCAAGCCCGCCCCAUCCAACAACCAACUCGGCGGCCACCGCAAGGUCGUGUUCAAUGUCGUCGUGCACCCGCUAUUUCAAGGCGGCAUGCGCGUCCUGAUUUUGGCCAGCAUCGUCGUCCUCGCCAUGGACCACUACCCGUCCACGCCACGCUUCGAUUCCGCCUACACGCAAGUGUUGUGGUUUUUCACGGCAGUCAACGUGAUCGAGGCCGCCCUCAUGUUGUAUGCGCACGGGUACAAAGCGUAUCUUACGACCCGGUGGGUCGACGCCAUCGCGGUUGUGGUGAGCAUCCUCGACGCCUCGCCCCACCUCCGCGUGCUUCGCAUGCUCCGACUUGUCCGUGUGACCCACCUCGUCAGCAAUUCGCACUCGAUGGUGUCGAUAUUGAAAACGCUGACGAUGUCGCUUCCCGCGCUGCUCAACGUGGCGUCGCUCUUGCUUGUGUUUGCCUUUGUGUAUGCGAUUCUCGGCAUGAAUUUGUUUUACGACCCGAUGAACCCGUUGUACGGGCAGUGCAUUCGCGACGUGAUCAACUUUGACUCGCUCACGAGCACAAUGAUGGUGCUGUUUGUCGUUGUCACGGGCGACAACUGGACGUGCUACAUGCAUGACGUGCUGCCGCAGUACCCGACCGUGGGUCGGUGGUACUUUACGUCGUUUUUGGUCGUGGGCAACUACAUUAUCUUGAACCUUCUCAUUGCGGUCAUCAUGGAGAACUUUGAAAACUACAUGGACGGGUUCGACGAAGGCGACGGUCGACCGGCAAAUGCCCACCUGGACGCGUUUGCCGACGAGUGGCAAAAGCUCGCCCCGACCGGCUCGUUGUUUUUGCCGUCGUACAAGUUGGUGUCGCUGCUCCGCAGUGUGCCGCCGCCGCUCGGAUUUGCGUCGAGACCCGACAACGAGGAUCCACCGCCAAAGUCGACCAAGGACAUCAUCCGGUUCAUUCGAAGUCUCCACGCCCGCCGCAACCACAUGAACGACAUGUUUUAUUUGGACAUUUUCUACACGCUGUGCCACCACGCCAUGCCCAACAGCUUCACCGUGUUUGAAGCCGUCGAUAUCGAAGCCCACCUGCAAGCGAAGCUCGCCGGUCGCGCAUUGCGCCAUUUUCAAGAGCUCCACAACAUCCAUUUGGACACGGCGUACCAUCGCUUUGACUUGACGGAAGAGUUCAACUGCGCCCGCGUGAUCCAAGAAGCGUGGAAAGCGUACGUGGCCAAGAAAUACGCGGCGUCGCCCCGGCAACAAGUGGUCAAGCCCCAACACUCGCGAGGCAUGCGCUUGCUCAAGCAGCUCACACGGUCACCGUGGUCGACGCGAAAGAGACCGCCGUCGAAUGCAGUGGCGAUCGCGCUUCCACUCCCCCAAGGAGGCGGUCCACCAUAA